CGUACGCCUGCAUACGGACGUUGCCCAAUCACUCCCUGGGUUACGUUACGUGGCGUUGCGUUACGUUGCGUUUGUCUCUCCCGCGCAAACCGUGAACCAUGGCCGCACCAACGGAGCAGGCUCCCGAGAUCACAGCGGUCUCGCUUGCGCAAGCCCGCGCCAACGAGCAGCCGGCCACAACUCCGCAGCAGUCGAGUUUUAAAGACAGCGCAACGGCGACCAUCAUCAACGGCGAUGGUGAUGGUGAUGGCGAAUCCGGUGGUGGCGCCGGCGACGAAGGAGAAAACGGGCUAUCGCGCCUGGAGAAGAUGAAGUCGCACUUCGGGGACCGGCCGCAGUGUUUCAAGAACACGUUCCAGGAGGUCUCCUUCGUGUUCCAGGCCACCGUCGCCACGGCCACCACCUCGUUUUUGGCCGGCGUCGCUAUCAUCAUCACGGUCCCCGUGUCCCGGGACCUGGGCAUGACGCAGAGCGAGAUCGCGUGGAUUAGUGCUUCGACUUCCCUCGUGGCCGGCGCCCUGCAACUAGCGCUCGGCCAGCUCGCCGACCUCCUCGGGCGCAAAGCCAUGUUCAUCACGGGGAUGGCGCUCUUCAGCGCCUUCGCCCUCCUCGUCGCCUUCGCGCAGAACCCCUUCUGGAUGCUAGUCGUGUGCGGGGUGCUAGGUAUGUGUUCCGCAAUGGUGGUGCCACCAGCCAUCGGGAUCCUGGGGGCGGCGUACGAGACGCCGUCGAAGCGGAAGAACAUGGCCUUCUCCGCGUUCUCCGCGGGGAACCCGCUGGGCUUCGUGUUCGGGACCAUCUUAUGCGGCGUCGCGACGCAGCUCGCGAGCUGGCGCGCCGCGUUCAUCAUGCUCUCGAUUAUCUGGGCCCUCUUCACCCUCCACGCUAUCUGGGCCCUGCCGCAGGUGGAGAAUUUUGAUCGCGCGCCCCUGAGACAGAGGCUCGGCACGCUGAAGCAGUUCGAUUAUGUGGGCACGAUCUUGACGAUUUUCGGGACGGGCAUGUUUACGGCGAGCUUGACUUUGGGCCCCGAAGAUGGAUGGGCAAGGGCGCAUGUGAUUGCACUGCUGGUAGUCGGCGUUGUAUUACUUGUGGUCUUCGUGUUCUGGGAGAGAGUAUUUCCUACGCCCUUGAUGCCUCCGCAUGUCUGGAAAGACCGGAACUUUAGCCUUAUUAUAGUCGUUGUCCUCCUGGGAACGAUGAGCUUCACGGCUAGCGGCUUCUGGACGGCCUUCUUCAUGCAGGAGCUCCAGCAGCUGUCAACUUUGAUGGUCGCCGUGCACCUCCUCCCCAUGGCCAUUGCAGGGCUGCUUUGGAACAUCGUUGCGGGGCGGAUCUUGCAUCGUGUUAAUAACACCGCCAUUAUGAUUUUCGGCGGCAUAUCCUAUUUGGCCGCCAGCUUACUUUUCUCUUUCAUGAAGCCCGACAGCAACUACUGGGCCUUCAUGUUCCCGGCACUUAUAUUAAACGUGGCCGGGGCAGAUUUGCAAUUCAACGUUGCUAACAUGUAUGUGAUGCAAUCUCUACCUCGGCACCAGCAGUCCUUGGCAGGCGGUAUCUUCAACGUAGUCAUCCGGCUGUCGAACACGGCCGUGAUGGGCAUCUCCACCGCGGUGUACAGCUCGAUAGAGCUAUCACCAGAGGGACUGGUCGACCCUAUGCUCAAAUUUACUCGGACUUUCCAGGUAUGCGUGGCGCUCGCCGGAUCAAGUUUGCUGCUCGCCCCCUUCAUCCGGCUUGGGACGCAGGGGAAUCAUCCAAAAGAGGAGGAGGGCCAAGAAAAGAGCGCGUCCGGGACCUUCACAGCUGCAGCGGGUAGCACGGGCGAUAGUAGCGAGCAGGAAGAAAAGAGACAAGAAGCAACUCCUUAAAUAUAGUAGAGAGCCAACUCAUCCCAUUCAACACGCCCUACUUUGUUGAUAUUACGAAC